GUGACCCAUAAAUAAAUUAGGGCAGGGGAAAGGAUUUAGUUUUCGGAUGCUGAUAUGAGAAAUCGUUCGUAAGCAGAUAGAAUUCCUUAGCCAUUGCUUCUUUAAUAACGUUUUGCUCUGAAAAAACCAAACGAAAACGAAAUCGAAAGGAGUAUUGAUCAGAGUCCCCAACCCGGGUUUACGUUCCAAAAUCCAAACCGAGUUACUUCUCAGGUUUUCUCUGGUUUUGGAACCUAGCCCCCUACUCCCUUCCUUCUCCGUCCCCGUUCUCAAUCGAUUUCAGCAGCGGCUGGCAAUUCUCCAUCUAAGGGUAUUGAGCCCCCUGCCCCCUUCCUCUUCUUCCUCUCUGUUCCCGUUGAUUGCUGCGGCGUGUCUCUUCUUUCGAAGGGAUCUUGAGUUCUAGAUCGCAAGCAGUGGUGGUAGUCUGGUAGCUUCUAGCAAUAGAUCCAGACUCUUAGUUGCAGCAAUGGGAAGCACCGACAAAGAAGCCGCGGUCGAUUCAUUUUUGUUAAACAAAACAGCAAAGAUCUUCGUCGCCGGCCACCGUGGCCUCGUCGGGUCUGCCAUUGUCCGUAAACUUGAAGAGUUUGGAUUCAACAAUCUUGUUCUCAGAUCUCACCGGGACCUCGACCUUACCAGACAAUCCGAUGUUGAAGCCUUUUUCGCCCUUGAGAAACCCCAAUUUGUAAUCCUCGCUGCGGCCAAAGUCGGUGGCAUUCAUGCCAAUAAUACGUAUCCUGCCGAUUUCAUUGGCAUUAACCUCCAAAUCCAAACCAACAUCAUUGAUGCUUCAUAUCGCAAUGGCGUUGAGAAGCUUAUUUUCCUCGGCUCUUCCUGCAUUUAUCCCAAAUUCGCUCCACAGCCGAUAACAGAGGAUGCCCUGCUCACUGGAUUACUAGAGCCCACGAAUGAGUGGUAUGCAGUGGCAAAGAUAGCCGGAAUCAAGAUGUGUCAGGCCUAUCGAUUGCAGUAUGGUUGGGAUGCAAUCUCUGGGAUGCCCACCAAUUUGUAUGGGCCAAACGACAAUUUUCAUCCCGAGAAUUCACAUGUUCUUCCGGCUUUGAUCAGGCGAUUCCAUGAGGCGAAGGUUUCAGAUGCUAAAGAGGUGGUGGUGUGGGGCACUGGCUCCCCAUUGAGGGAAUUCCUCCAUGUGGAUGAUCUGGCUGAUGCUGUGGUCUUUUUGAUGGACAAGUAUAGUGGGUUGGGUCAUGUUAAUGUGGGAAGUGGGAAGGAGGUAACCAUCAAGGAACUUGCGGAGUUGGUUAAAGAGGUGGUUGGUUUCCAGGGAGAUCUUGUUUGGGAUUCUACAAAGCCUGAUGGGACUCCAAGAAAGCUCAUGGACAGUUCGAAGCUCGCCAAAUUGGGAUGGGCACCAAAAAUUUCUCUCCGGGAUGGUCUCGUCGAUACCUACAAGUGGUACUUGGAGAAUGUCAAAUGAUGAUUAAGCUUCAGGUGACCUCCUCAUGUGUUUUUCUAUGUGCUAUUAGUGAAUCUUUUGUUUCUUCAGUGUGUUUGUCCACACAUUUAUAUGGGAUUAUUCAAGUUUAAGAUAUAGUUGGGAUCGCUGUUUUAUCGACUGAA